ACUAAUCGACGAAUUAUGUACUCCUUCACACUCGUUUUCUUGUUCGGUCUGGUCGUUUCCUCGCUUGUGCAGGCACUUCCUCAUAGUCCUUUUCACCACCGUCGUCGCCUCAUGAAGAAGGACGGUACUCCGAAAUACGUUGUUGCUCACCAUAUGGUCGGCAACACGUACCCUUAUACCCAGGACGACUGGCAGAGUGAUAUCACCCAAGCGCACGCAGCCGGUAUCGACGCUUUCGCUCUGAACAUUGGUUCAGACUCCUGGCAACCGACCCAGGUUGCUUCUGCCUAUGCCGCGGCCCAACAAUCUGGCACAGGCUUCCUGUUGUUCAUCUCGUUUGAUAUGAGUGUCCUUCCAUGCGACUCUUCCGACGCAGCUGGCACUCUCCGCAACUACAUCUCGCAGUAUGCGAAUCACCCGAACCAGUUCAAGUAUAACGGCCGCACUUUCGCUUCCACGUUUGCCGGUGAUACCUGCCAAUUCGGCCAAGACUCUGUGGUCGAUGGCUGGACUGCCCAGUUCACCCAGCAUCCCGAUGUUGUCAAUGCCGGUGGUGUUCACUUCGUGCCUGCGUUCUUCAGCGACCCCUCGGGCUUCGGCGGUCUUUCCGGUGCCGUCCAUGGCAUCUUCAACUGGAACUCCGGCUGGCCAAUAUCAUUGACUGCUCAAAGCGCGCAGUCUGAUCUCAACCCCCUUGGCGAUAGUCUCACUUCCCUUGUCUCUCAGGGCGUUGCGUCCGUCAUCAAUGCCCUCGCCCAGUUCGUUGGUGCGACUGACACCGAUACCCAAUACUUCAACGCCCUGAAAUCGCUCAGCUCGGACAACGGGUCGCCAACUUACAUCGGCGCCGUCAGUCCAUGGUUCUUCACGCACUACGGCCCUGACACCUACAACAAGAACUGGAUCUAUUACGCUGGCUCGCAGCUGUACCCUACACGCUGGGACAAUAUCUUCCAGAGCCGCGACAUGUACGACAUCAUCGAGAUCUGCACCUGGAACGACUUUGGCGAGUCGCACUACAUUGGCCCUAUCCAUGGCGCGCAGCCGAACUCGCAAGCGUGGGUCAACGGCUUCGACCACACCGCGUGGCUCGACAUGACCAGCUACUUCGCGACGGGCUUCAAGACCGGGGCCUACCCCGCGGUCACAGAGGACAAGCUGUACAUGUGGGCGCGCCCGCACCCCAGCUCCGCGAACGCCCCGGACCCAGUCGGCAAGCCAGACAACUACCAGCUCGACCAGGACGUGCUCUGGGCCGUCGUUUUCGCAACCGCGCCCGGCAGCGUCACGCUGUACACGAGCGACAGCAGCUCGCAGACGUUCCAGGUCCAGGCGGGCGUGAACAAGCUCCAGAUGGACCUCACGCCCGGCGGGUACAUGCGCGGCGUGCUCCAGCGAGGUGGCCAGACCGUCAUCGACCUCCGUCCCCAGGGAUACACCUUUGAUCCGAACCCCCAGACGUACAACUACAAUGCCUUCACGGCCUUCGCGUCCUCCUCCUCCUCCAGUGCCCCUACCGCGAACUAGAGUCGCAUUUUCACUUUCUGUGUUUCUCUCAUCUCCUCCCACCGGUGCUGCCCGUGCGAUAUAGUUUGCAAGCCGGGUUGGCCUCUGUUUUGUUCUCGCUCGGUUCUGUGGACAGGCCGGGUCCCAUCCUGCGCAUCUUCUGGCUGAGAUGCACAGUUGUCGUGCUGGAAACUUGCUUUGUCGUCUGCUAUCAGCUUGUAUUCUUUCGUAUCAUGUUUUCGUAUCAUGUAUUGUUCGUUGUGCCGCGAAAGUUGAUAAUGAUCAUGUACUAGAUGUAUCAUGACUCUAAUUUGAUCAGAUCGCAUGCCCUAAGUAGACGUUGUUGCCUCUGGAAUUUGAAACUCGAUCCUCUGCCCCUUGGAUGUGUUGGAGUGGGAAGACCGCACCUCCACAUCUCUACAUGUAGCUUCGUUCGCAUGCUGGGUGUCGACCAUCUCGAUGUCGUGCUCUUCGGGCUUCUCCACGGGAGAUGGAGGUCGCUGUCCAACAAGCCCAAUUCCCCUCAUGCCCACGAUGGAAAUCGCGAUCCCAAUCGCAAUUGUACCGCAACAGAUCCAACCCGCCACCCGGAAACCAGCCAUAAGGACUGCCGGGUCUCUGGGCGCCAGCUCCGGGUGCUUGUGGUUGAACUUGGUCGACACUGACAUCGCGACGGUCGACGUCACGCCUAGACCGAUG